GACAGAACAACUGCUAUCAGGGACUGGGGGAGCAAGAGGGAGCUUCUGGCUGGCUGUUGGGACUAAGUAGUUGCAUGCCCUGAGACAAGGGUGAAGAAGGGGCUGGGGCCAGGGGGAAGUGGACCAGGAAGACAUAGCAGCAUAGUGAGAAGUUAGGAGUCUCAGCAAGAGGCUGCUAUCUAUAGGGUCCCUGGGUUGGGACCUGGAGUAGUGGGUGGGCCUGGGUCUCCCCCUUGCCACUGGGAAAGUGACAGGAUUUUGACUGCAAUACUAACUCCCCCCUCCUGCCCACUGGAAGGGGGAAACACAGAUGGUGAUGCAGUCAGAGGGGUGAGUCAUGAAGAGGAUGCUGUGAUUCCUGAGGCUACAAGAGGGGCUGCAGGCGGACAACAGAGAAGCAUGAUAGUGGGCAAACCACAGACAGGGAGUCUUGGCCUCGAGCUAAUCCCCAGAGUGACCAGGAGAAGGUGCCAGACCAGUGGGAUUGGAAAGACGACAUUGAUCAAGAAAGCCACUGAAGCCCUAAAAUCCUCUGGGGUCCCUAUUGAUGGAUUUUAUACAGAGGAAGUCAGAGAAGGCGGCAGGAGGAUAGGAUUUGAUGUCGUCACUUUGUCUGGGAGACGAGGAACUUUAUCUAGACUCGGUUCUGAUUCUUCUACUGCAAGAUGCGAAUAUCGUGUUGGACAAUACAUAGUAGACCUGGUUUCAUUUGAGCACUUGGUGCUUCCUGUGCUGAGAAAUGUCGAUCUUGGCAGUGACACAGGGAAAAAAGUGCACGUAAUAGAUGAGGUUGGUAAAAUGGAACUCUUCAGCCAAUCUUUUAUUCAAGCAGUUCGUCAAACUCUGACUGCUUCAGGGACCACAAUUCUUGGAACUAUACCAAUACCUAAAGGCAAGCCAUUGGGUCUUGUGGAGGAAAUAAGAAGUCGGAAGGAUAUUAAGGUGUUCAAUGUUACUAAGGAAAAUAGAGACAACAUUUUGCAAGAUAUUGUAACAACUGUGCAGAAUUGCAGGAAAUGAAGACAAUUUCUUGUUUGCAACCAUAAGCUCUUAUAUUGGCGGGCCCAACCCUACUCAGGCCUGGGGCAACUUUACCAGUGUCUUCAAUAUGAGCAGGAUUGAGUCUGUAGCACUCUAAAAUGUGAAAAUGGGAUAGUGGGCUUCCAUGUUUGUUUGUCAGUCGUUUACAUAUAAUUUACUCAGUUCACAAGGUUUAAAAAGACUCAUCCUGGGAUCUGAAAGUCAAGCAGUUGAUUCUGAUGCCAAUUAUAGUAGCGCAAAUUCAAUUAACUAUUAAAUUCAAUGGAACUAUUGAUUCAGCCCCUAAUCCUGCAACAUAUGGUGAGGGUAGCCUGCUGUGUCUUCAGAGAAGCAUUAAAGUCAGUAGAGCUCUGCACAGGCCCCACAGUCUUCCUGCACAUUGCAGAACUGGGGGCUGACACCUGCGUAACAGAAUGAAGUCUGAGCACAAUCUGCUUUGUGCAUUAUCACUAACACGGACCCUGGGGUCCUACAGCAGUGUGCCUCAACUAGCUCUCCACUAUACCUCAGCUGGGUCAGCAUUACGAAUGAUGAUGAACAAAACAGAAUAGCUUGAUUCUCACGUCGCAGGAUAAGUAAACUGAGCAAAUGUGAUCUGAAAUCAUAAGACAAAUACAUAAUAUAACUGGACAAUUGUCAUUUACAGAGUUGAAUUUUAGAGAAGAUUGUCUUUAAGUUGCUCAGACAGUGCUUGAUAGGAAUGCUGCCUACUCUGUUUAUUUUUCACAUUUUCUUAUAGCCCAAAAAAAAAAGUCUUCAGGACCAUGGCUUUCUUCAUAAAAUCUUGACAGAUGUUUUUCAUAAAAUGUUUAAAAUAUCAAGCAGUAGACUUAAUGCUGCAUUUGACUAUCCAAGUUUAAAACUCCAUUAUGGCUUAUUGAUGCUUAACAAUUUCUGUUUAUUUCCUUUUGCAGUCCUGUGCAUGUUUUUUGGUUAAUGAUGAUGAAACAAGAAAUGAGAGUAUUAGACAACAUAUAUCCCCAGGAGGUUUGUAAAUGUGUUUAGGAAAAAAGCAUUUACCACUUAAUCAGUCUUGCAUGUCAUAAACUAAAUUUCCAGCCAGGUGUACUUUUGUUCUCAUGCAGCUUAAAGAGUUUUCUACUUCAAAGAUUUAGGAAUGGAAAGGACUGAAUUCCUUCCUUUCUUGUGUAGAGUGUAACAAAUGUUAAAAUAAACAUGUUGGUUAAAGGCAUAUGGAAA